AUGUUUGCAGCUGUUCUAUUGCAAAUAAACCUUAAGGAUCAUCGAGUAAUGUUCCGUACUUACCCGUUUACAUUUACAACAGAUGAAGCUGCUAAAGUUAUGUCUUGCCUAACAUUCAUUUACAUCCACCGUAAACCUGAUCCUAUUGAUCCCACCAGACAAAUUGCUACAAGAACAACCACCACUUUUAGCAUGGAUGUGACCACAGCUAAAAACAUACUUCAGCUCUUCUUAUCUGCUCGACUUAUAUGCAGUGCAACUGAUCCAACAAACUGGUCUAUUAGAGAUAAAGGGCUAUGGUGCCCUACAAUGAAAGGCAAAUAUGUAAUGGAGGAGUUUGCAGAUACAACCCAAGUUGAAAUGUCAGCAACGUUAAUAGCAGCCUUGAACGCCCCCUAUAUGGCUCUUAAUACAUCUUGCGGUAGUAGUACAGGGAGCCGUAUCAUUACACUAGAUCGUUUAAUAGAAAAUGAUGAUCAAAUUACUUUUUCCCGGCCGAACAUGACAGCUGUGUUUAAAGCCAUGAUGAGCAGUUUGCCUCGAGAUACACUGCUAGUCGAUGAUGUUCCGGGCAUCGAUAAGAAAAGCCUUGAUAAAUACGAGUACACGUUUGUGGGUACGUACUGUAUUGAAUGGCUUUGUGAACGGUUAACAAUCAAUUCUGAACAAGAAGCAGAGAGUGUUGCUGCACAAUUUGUUCUGUUCGGUUGGAUUGCGCAAAUACAAGACAGAUCGAAUAAGUCUCAUAGUGAUUUGGACGAGAGUGUUAUAUUCAAAACAGGACAGAGAGGAUGCUUGAUUCUUGGUUGGAAGCUACCCAAACAAAUUAGCGAACCGGUCAUACACUCAAGUACUCAUAGUAUCAGUAGCGGAUUCUCGCUUGAAUCGGAUAACAGUAGUCUCAAUAAAACGUCAAAAAAACCGGUCCUUUAUAAGCCGUUAUCAAAGCCUGGAACAGAUACAGCUUCGAAAUUUACGCAACAAGCCACGCCACCAUCAUCAAUAGAAUUAAGCCCACCGGCAGACAGGCCAGCACCUGAACCUCCUGGAGUCAGUACUACGCAGAUGAUGCGCCAAGAUUCUGGAGCAAUGCUAUUUGGACAGGUACAUUCUCAAUCCUCAAUUUCACAAGAUAGUUCGUGUGCCGAAAUUAACAUACCAACACAAGAACGACAUCACACAUCUCCACGCCCUCCAAGCAUGUCGAUUACCGACUCUGCUUUGUCACACACCAGCUCCAAUUCUGCAUCCAACAAUAACUAUCAUCAACACACCAACAAAGAUAAUUCUAAUUGGAACAAGCUUACACAGAUACUAGAAUCACCUUUGAUUCGUAUGUACUUCAGAAACUUCUUAAGAGAGAACUAUGCUGCUGAAAACAUCAAUUUUUGGGUCGAGCAUGAUAAACUACUACGCAAUUUUAAGCAAAACAACCGGUCCCUACAAGAACAACUAGCUGAAUGCUAUACAAUAUACGACACCUACUUAGGGCCUAACGCCACAACAGAUGUCAAUAUAGACCAUUCCUUACAUCAAGAAAUCAUUAAAUUCGUCGCUACUGUCUUUACUACUAUGUCCACGAAACCACCGCCACCCACUCCUACCAAUAGCUCCUCAUCACUCAGUGACGAUACGACUAAUGAACCCUUUUACUUUACGGUCCCUUCAAAUCUUGUUCUUAAUGCUUCACUAAACAAGCCAAGUAAUUCAAUAGCGUCAUCGAACCGCCUGCUAUUGAUGCCGCCUCAAACGGUUGCUGCUGAUUUGAAGCAACGUAUCAUUCGUGUCCGCGGAAUACCUCCGGAAAAGUGUCUCAUAAAAAUGCUUAGAUUGCUCAGUAAAGUCAAUGAUCACUUGUGUCGAAUGAUGGCGGAAGAUUCUGUUCCUAAAUUCAUCAAAACUGAAAAGUAUAAAGAACUUAUGGAAGCACAAAGACAGCAAAAAGACAAAGUCGACGAAGCAGAAUUGAGUGACGAUGAAUUGUCUUUUGAAGAUAGCAUGUGUAUGGAGUGGGGAGGAAGGGAGGACGCAAAAGUCAAAAUAUUAAAGCAGAAAGAAGCCAUUACAUAA